AGUGCGGGGACUGGAGCAGCAGUUUGCGGAGACUGUUGAAGGGUGGGGAGGAAUGUGGAGUGACUGUGGGGGUGUGUGUGCGCGUGCACGCGCGUGUGCUCACAAGAUAGAGUUGACUCUGAGUGGUGCCAAAAGCAGGGACAGGGACCCCCAGAGGCUUGGAAGGCCCCAGCUGUGGGAUCUGGGCCAGCCCACUCAUCCCUCCCACCUCACUCCAACCUGGCCUCUGGCAGGACUUUGAAAUGAGGCUGGGAUGGAGCUGAAGGUCACAUCUGCUCCUGGCUGGGGCCUGGCGUGGAGUUUGCGUGUCCUGGGAGCAUGUUGGAGGGAAGAGAACAGGGCAGAGCCAGCAAUGGAUGGGGAGGAGCGCUGGUGCUCAGUCCUGACAUUUAUAGUCCCAGCCCUGUCCUGCCGCCCUCUUCCAGAUCCCUGGCUCUGAGAAGGAUUAAUCCUUUCCUGUUCAUGCCCAGAUCAGGGAGGGCGACACGGAGGGAGACCGGGCCGUUGGCAGCAGCAUGAGGAUACAGUCAUGCUCUAACCCACUGGCUCUGUCGCCAAAGUCCCUGGGACGAGACUGUCCUCAGUUAGGAACCGCACUCCCUCAGAGAAGGACCAGCAACCUCAGAAGGGAUGAGCGGGGCCAGACGCUGGGGUGGAAGCAAGGGAGAUGGUGGGGAGGGACCAUAAAUUUGGAGACAAAAUUCCAGACAUAUGAUGUGAGGAAGGAAAUUGAGGUUCCCCCAGAAAACAUGAGGCUUGACGUUGCUCCCCCUUAGGGUAGGUUAGAGGUAAGUGGCUCCGGGGUGCAGCGGGUGGGCUGGUGUUAGACUCCAAGGCCAUGCCUGGUGACACGGGACCUUUGAGGAAGAGGUGUGGAGAGGGCAGGGCCAGAGGCUGAGGGUUUGGCCCCCCUGACCUCUCACGCUUCCCCUGUCCUCUCGUGGCAUUGAGCUUUCUCCCAGCUUUCAGAGGAGUGGGGUGGGAACACACACGUUCCCUCAGAGUCUGACUACGGAGACUCUGGUCGAAUUCUGGUUCAGGAACAAGUUGGCCUCCCCGCCCCAUUCGUUCUGCCCACCUGCCCUGGCAGGGCCUGCCCUGGGCCUCCCCUGGGCAUCACUCUUCACUUCAGAAACUCCUGCUGCUUAGCGACCAGUGCCAGCUGCCUCUUGCCUCCCCAGCCAGGGGUGGGGUGAGCGGGGAAGCAGGGGACCUGGGCAGCUGGGUGGGACCGCACAGUGGUAGACACUAAGCCCCGGACUCACUUCUGGUCUUGCAUUGGGCUGGGCGGUGGCAGAACAACGUCCGAGUGUGUCCAGGGUAUGGGCAACUCUCCUGACCCCUAUGCUACCCAUGACUGCAGCCUGAACCUGGACGCCUCCCCAGUCCUCAUCCCCUACCCCACUACUGGACCACAGCCCUCUCCUGGCUCCCCUCCGCUGGGGACCCUCCUCAGUCCUGACUCAGUCCUCCACGCCAAGAGUCUCCCACAAGUCCUUUCCCCAAAGGCCAGCGGGGCUUAUAACAAAGCAUUCACUUAGAAGCCCUUUCAAAGCCUUCAGUUCCAUACUAGCCGAUGACCUUGACCAUGCCCUUGGCAGGGAACAUCUUCCCCCAUGAAUCCCCAUCUUGGGGUGUGUCUUCUCUUCUCUUGCAGUGGGUGGCAGGAUGGGUGGGGGGUUCCCAAUGUGGCGGGUGCCCUAGACAUGGGGAGAUGCCCUGUGUUGGGCCCACACCUCUUAGGUUUUCUCUCCAGGACAGCCUGACUUCCCCUCUUCUGCCUAUUUUUUGUGUCAGAUUUCAGACUGUGAGUUCUGAUUUUUGGUUGCAAGAUGGGGCUUCUGGGACUGAAGACGUGUGCCAUGAGCUGCACGCUGUGAUGGAGACUCCUCUCGAGAAGGCGCUGACCACUAUGGUCACUACUUUCCACAAGUACUCGGGGAGAGAGGGUAGCAAACUGACCCUGAGUAGGAAGGAACUUAAGGAACUGAUCAAGAACGAGCUGUGUCUUGGGGAGAAGAUGAAGGAGAGCAGCAUCGACGACCUGAUGAAGAGCCUGGACAAAAACAGCGACCAGGAGAUCGACUUCAAGGAGUACUCAGUGUUCCUGACCACACUGUGCAUGGCCUACAAUGACUUCUUCCUAGAGGAAAACAAGUGACCGGGCUCCCCCCUGUCCUCGUCACCAGCCCCUUGCCCCUGACCUGUGCAGUGCCUCUCCAGACCCUCUUUGGCCCCAGCCCGCUUCUCCCUCCCACGUGGACCCUUCCA